AUGUCCAACGCCAGAGCUUUGAGCAAAGAAGAAAGAGAAUUCAGGCGUGAAGAGCGCAAAGAAAAUGAGCAGAAUAUCAAGGAUUUGAAAUUUGCUGUUGGUGGGUUUGUCGUUUUGGUGGUCAUCCUUACCCAUUACGCUUUGGUCAUGAGACAGCUCUUGAGAUACCCAGACAUGUCUUACGUCUGGAUGGGUGUCCACUUCGGUGGCUUAGGUGUCACUAUUGUGGCCACUGUCUGGCUUUUCAUUAAGUUCGUCUACAAGAAGAUCUACGCUGAAGAACUCAAGGAGAUGAAUGAAAAGAAGGAGGAAUAA